CUCAUGGAUCGCAGCGCAGAGUUCAGGAAGAGGAAGGCGCAAUGUCUGGGCAAAGCGGACCUCAGCCGGAAGGGCAGUGUGGACGACGGCGUGGUAGAACUUGUGCAGCUGCUGAACAGUCAAGAUCAGUUUUUCACCACCAGCUCCUGCGCGGGCCGCAUCCUUCUCCUCGAUGGGGGUAUAAAUGGUUUUGCAGUUCAGAAACAAAACUGUUGUUGGCUACUGGUUACACACAAACCUUGUAUAAAAGAAGAUGUGCAUUCAGCAGCAAUAGAGUGUGGUUUCAGAAACUCUGGCAUAACAGUAGGAAAGAGAGGAAAGACUAUGUUGGCUGUCCGAAGUACACAUAGCUUAGAAGUUCCAUUAAGCCACAAAGGAAAACUGAUGGUGACAGAGGAAUAUAUCGAUUUCCUGUUAAAUAUAGCAAACCACAAAAUGGAGGAAAACAGCAAGAGAAUUGAAAGGUUUUACAACUGCCUACGACAUGCUUUAGAAAGAGAAACUGUUCCUAACUCACAUCCCAAGAUCAAAGAGAAAAGCAAUCCAUCAUAUACUCAUAAGAAAAAAAGAAACCCAGAGAAAGCACAUGGUAAAUGUAUUACUGAAGAAAACAAUAAAGAACCUGAAAGUGAUGAUGAUGAUCCAGGAAUCAGUGUUAAUAUCUUCCCUCAAGAUUAUUAAGAUCUGCUUCUGAAGUAUCUUAAUGGAAUAAUGUUCCUAGUAGAUAUUAUAAAGCUACUCUUUAUAAGAGUAUUUUAGUUGGUUGAGUUAAUCAGUUAUUAAUA